AUGGGCUAUGGCGUUCCGGACAGCGGGGUAGACUUCUGCUAUGUGACGGUGUAUGAAGCGCACCAACUCAUGAAGAAUGACAAGGCUGUUUUCGUGGACAGCAGAGACGACGACGACUUCAAGACUACACGCAUCCAGACCUCCUUCCAUCUGUCGGCGAAUUCGCUAAUCAUGAAGGCCGGCGGUGCAGACAAGGGUGUAGUCCAGCAGCUGGUGGAUUUGGUGAACUCCGGCAAGACGCUGGUGUGCCUCAGUGAUGCCUGCGUCAAGGGCAACAUCAAUCGUGGCCAUGUGUCGCGCUGCCGGCACAUUGCACAGUAUUUGGUUGAAAUGGGGGCAGAUCGCGGGAGAAUCGUGCGAAUGACCGGUGGCAUCAACGCCUGGAAAAAGGCGCAGCUUGAUGGAAUUCUGGGAGACCUCCGGCCCAUGUACGCUGGGGUGCUCAAGGCUGCGGACUUUGAACCGCCUCAGGAGGGCCGUGAGGAGGAGGCUGAGGAAGAGCAAGCCGGGCCACUGGGUGCGGUCCCAGCAGUGUCCAGCGGUGGCGGCGGCGGAGGCUACGCCAGUGCAAGCCCCGAGCUGGCAUCCGGUCUCAAGGUGGAAAUCAAGGGGCUGGUGUCCCGUGCAGACCUAAACGGAAAGAAAGCGUGUAUCAAGGAGUUUGUCCAGAGUUCCGAGCGCUGGGAACUGGAGCUCUUAGAUGAUACGAAGGAGCGCGUCCGCUGUAAGCCUGAGUGUCUCAAGGUCGUGCCUGAAGCGGCACCUGCAGCUCCAGUGGCACGUCCAGAAGAGUUCGUCGAAGUUGGAUGUGGUGGAACUCCUGGUGAUGGUGGUGCCAGAGACACCUGCAAAGUCAGGUUCGUCCAUCCGCGUCCAUUCUGCCAAGAUCGUCCGACGGCAUAUAGAGUGUUGAAGACCGACCUCUACAAGAAGUCGACGAAGGAUUCCGACAAGAUCAUCAAGAUAUCCCGGCCGAUCAGCUCACUUGUCAGGACCACGGGGGAGCUCUUCCUUGGUAGUGCUGGCGGCGUAUGGGCCGAGUUGGACGCGGCGGCUGGCGAGAAGAAAGGCUGGGUCUACGUCAAGGGCCCUGGCUUCGGAGCCAGCAGCUGUAAAGUCACCGAUGAGUACCUCACGGCGUAG